GCGAGAAGCGAAUAUCCGUAGACCAAUUUGCGGCGCAACAUUGUACAAUAAAACUGACAUUCGUCUCUAAUUGCAGUAAUAAUUAUGCCAUCGUUUGAUGGCCUAUUUAAGCAAUGGAUAAUGUUUGUUAGAAGAUGCUGUGAUACUUGAACGACGCCGACAAGUUGAUCGUUGUGUGAAGAAAAGAAGGACAUGUUCGGUGUGUUUACCUUCACGAAGAAUCACGCUUAAUGUUACUCGAAGGCUACUCGAUAAGCUAUACUGCACUCUGAUAAGAUAAGGUGCCCGAUCGAUUCCUACCAGACUACGGACUCUGGCGGGCCUCUCUGCAAGCGGCAAAGAUUAGAUACGUUCGUGCUGUAAUCGGAUUAGGACGGGAACAGGCUUGGGAGCGCCAGGCCCAAAGUUAGCCAGAGUGCCAAUCAACGCUUUGGUGAAGAUAUAAGGAACAUCAUCGAGUGAACUUUGUACCCCAAUCGUUAUAUUGCAGAAAGCAAACGUAAUCGAUCUCAGCAACUCGUUGGAAUGGCUUCCGGUGGAAUGAAGAAGUUCGGAGACCUGGUUGGCUCCAUUGACGAGGGAACGAGUUCGGCACGAUUUCUGCUCUUCCGUGCCGAAACGGCCGAAGUGGUUUGCUUCCAUCAGAAAGAGCUGCGUCUAAUCUGCCCGCAGGAGGGUUGGGUAGAGCAGGAUCCGCACGAAAUUCUAUAUGUUGUGUACGAGUGCAUCGAGCGCACGUUGGAAAAGCUGAUCGAACUCGGUGGAAACCCGCAGAACGAUAUUGUAGCCAUCGGCGUAACGAACCAGCGCGAAACCACCAUCGUUUGGGAUCGGACGACCGGUGAACCGUUAUAUAAUGCGAUCGUUUGGCAGGAUAUGCGAACGUCCUCCACGGUCGAUCAGUUGCUCGAGACGGUUCCGAAUAAAACGAAAAACAAAAACUACCUCAAACCACUCUGCGGGUUGCCGCUGUCGCCGUAUUUUUCUGCCGUCAAGCUACGCUGGUUGAUCGACAACGUGCCGAAGGUAAAGGCCGCUAUUCGUAGUGGCAACUGUUUGUUCGGUACAGUCGAUACCUGGCUGAUAUGGAAUUUAACCGGCGGUUCGGAUGGGGGUGCACACGUUACGGAUGUUUCGAACGCAUCGCGCACAAUGCUGAUGAACAUCGAGACGCUAAAGUACGAUAAAACACUAAUGAAGUUUUUCGACGUGCCGGCGGAAAUUCUACCCGAAAUACGAUCAAGCUCCGAAGUGUACGGGCUGGUAAAGUUUAAUCCGCUCAAAAACAUCCCACUGGCAGGCUGUUUGGGCGAUCAGCAAUCGGCCCUAGUGGGGCAGGAAUGUUUAACGCGUGGACGAGCAAAGGCAACGUACGGAACGGGUUGCUUUCUGCUGUACAACACCGGUACGGCUAUGAUCGAUUCGAACCACGGGCUUAUCUCAACUGUCGCCUAUCAGAUGGGCCCGGAUGCGUUGCCAGUGUACGCACUCGAGGGUUCGGUUGCUGUUGCCGGUGCUGCCCUUGGUUGGUUGCGUGACAAUCUGAACCUGAUCGGGGGUGCUUCGGAAUCGGAAUCAGCCGCACUGGAAGUGGAAAACAAUGGGGACGUUUACUUUGUCCCGGCGUUCAGUGGAUUAUACGCGCCGUACUGGGAUCCGGAAGCACGGGGUGUCAUCUGUGGUAUCACCGAAGAUACACAGCGCGGACACAUUGUCCGUGCGGCGCUGGAAGCUGUCUGUUUUCAGGUACGGGACAUUCUCGACGCGAUGAAUAAUGAUAGUGGAACGCCACUGCAAAAGCUAAAGGUGGACGGUGGCAUGACAGCAAAUGCUACCAUGAUGCAAUGGCAAGCGGAUUUGAUCGGGCUGGAUGUACUAAAGCCAAAGUUUGUCGAGACAACUGCACUGGGUGCUGCAAUGGUUGCGGGUCGUGCUGUGGGCAAAUGGGAUAUCGAAAACGUGAGUGUGGAAAGCGACAGUACCGUCUUCAAGCCGGAGAUCAGCGAGAACGAACGGGAUGUACGUUAUAAACGGUGGAAGAUGGCCAUCGAACGAGCAGUUGGAUGGGAUAAGUGUCCAUAAAGCAAUGGGCGGGCACAGGUUGUUGUUUGAAACAUUGAAAUGUUAGUUCGAAGUAAAGAAUGAUAACAAGGUAAAUGGUAGAUUUUUGUUACACAUUACGAUACUUUACGGGACGAUUAUAAAAGCCGCGAUAAGGUAGAGGGUAGUUAUGUGAUAGCGUUUAAUGUUCUUUUCCUACGUAUAUAAGAUCAAUCGCGAUAUAAAAAAAUAAAGCAAUAUAACAAAAAUGCUCAAGUGCCAACAACAACCCACAGCUGUGUAGUGUCGUAUAAUCGGAUGCGGAGUAUACACAUAGGCUAGAUGCUUGUUUCUUUUUAAAGGCUUAUUAUCUUAUUUAUUCUCGCUUGGUAUAAAAAAGGUAAAACUGUAUAUAUGCGUUGAAAUUAGGAUAAUGCUCGCACAACUGUACGCACGAACCGGAGGGAAAGGGGAACUUUAUUUUGGUAGUGAUUAAGCGCAUAAAAUUUAUAUAUAAUAACGUAACGUAAUAAUCGAUAUUCAGGAUAUUAGUUCAAUGAGUAGGAGUAUAAGAAAACAGGACCGUAAACAAUUCGCAUAAAUAAGAGGAGUCGUGAAUAAUAAAGCGCUUCGUGUGUUAAUCGGUAACGAAAUCAAAACCACUGGAACGCGCACGAUUCGCCAAAUGGA